UUCUCCUCAGAGUAGGAGGGGAGCUUGCUGUCUAUUGCGUUCUAUAAAGCGCGAUAGUGCGGUUUCAAAUAUCAGAACUGUAAAGUAGACUAUCUGUGUAAUUCUAAAACGAGAACCACCGUGAGCUUCGGCAAUAAACAAGACAGUAAGCGUAAUAAUCAUUAUAGGGAAAUCACUCAAAGGUGCUUUUUUUAUCUAGUCAUGUAUCUUUUUUAAAAUGAUUUUUAAAAAAUAAACACUCGUCGUCUACAGCGUGUUCCACUUUUGUUUGAAAGUUUCAAAACAAAAACAAAAACGGGAUCAUUGGAAAGGGAACCAGGGUGAAUACUUUUUUUUUAGAACUCCAUUUGUGGAUGUAAUGAUUUAAGAAGUUUGUAUGCAGUAACACAAAAGGUGCCAGUCAGUGAAUUUGAAUGGAUAACCUUACCAUAGCACCGAUAGGUUCCUGCACCUACAAUGAGAGCUUCAAGCAAAUUCUCCUUCCAGUUGUCUACAGCAUUGUCUUUAUAAUUGGACUCCCCUUAAACAUUACCGUCAUUGUUCAGAUAUGGCAGUCCCGAAAAUUCCUGACCAGGACAUCCAUCUACAUGCUGAACCUUGCUUCAGCGGACCUGCUUUACAUCUGCUCCCUUCCACUACUCAUUUACAACUAUGCCCAGCAAGAUUACUGGCCUUUCGGUGAGAUCACCUGCAAGUUUGUCCGCUUCCAGUUCUACAGCAAUUUGCAUAGCAGCAUCAUGUUUCUUACCUGCAUCAGCUUCCAGAGGUAUAUGGGUAUCUGCCACCCUUUUGCAACGUGGCACAAGACUGGAGGCAAGAAGACUGUCUGGAUAAUCUGUGCCAUUAUUUGGCUUAUCGUUUUAGUCCUUUGCGCACCCACUUUUGAGUUUGCCACCACGGGGACCCAGCGAAACCGAACGGUAUGCUACGAUCUGAGUGAACCUUCUCGCUCCGCUCAGUAUUUCCCUUAUGGAAUGGCAUUGACAGUCCUUGGAUUUGUGAUCCCCUUUUCAGGAAUUAUAGCUUGCUACUGCUGCAUGACCAGGAUCCUAUGCCAAAAGAACAAAAUGACCAGUACAAUGGUUCGGGAGAAAAAGGAUAAAGCAAUCCGGAUUAUCAUAAUCGUGGUGGUGGUCUUUGCUAUCAGCUUUUUCCCCUUCCACUUGACCAAGACUAUGUAUCUGAUCAUCCGGGCUAUAGAAGGAGUGACCUGUGGAGUGCUUGAGAGGUUUGCCAUCAUUUAUAAGUGCACCAGACCCUUUGCGAGCAUGAACAGUGUUCUUGAUCCAAUCCUGUUUUAUUUCAUACAGCCUAAAUUCAGGCAAAGCACCAAGUCAUUGCUGGACAAGAUAAGUACCAAGAGAGAAAAGACAUGAGCCAAAUUGGCCUUCUGUAAGAGCCCACUCAUCACCUAUUAAAAACUGUUAGUUUGCGGUGGAGCAGAGUUUCCAUUUCAGAAUGGAUCCUAAUUAGCAUGUUGAAUGUUGGAAUAGGGCAUGUGUUAGUAGUUGUACUACUAGGUUUAAACACAAAAUUGUGCCAGUUUCUUUAUGAAGAAUAUUGCACUAACGCACAAUUACAGAAUUAUUCUGAACAAUGAAUAAUCCAGAUCCAAACAGCUAAUGUCCUGUUAGAUAACAAAGGAAAAAAAAUAACCAAAAAUGUAUUGAAAGAAAAAUAAAGAAUGUAAGUUUCUUGGCCAGAUGUAAAAAUGUAGCUCCUUGUCAUUAAUCUGGGCAGGUUUAAUUGUAUGAAGAAUGUCAUGGGCUAUUGUUAUCCAUGGAACAUUUUAGCCUGUAGAGAUGUUUUAUCAUCAUUGCUGAGAAUAAUAGUAUGAUAUUGACUACAGACAGUGUCAAAGUGUCAGUUUAUUUUUCUGAAAUUAUGUUGUAAAGUCAGUCUUGGCAUGCACAUACAUACAAAAAGUGGUCUGAUACCAUUUGUAAUGAAUUAUAGCAUAAUAUUUUGACUGCUUAUUUCAUGCUAUAUGUUAUUAAUAAUCAUGUAUUGCUGUUUCCGAGCUUGUGGAUAUUUGACGUGUUUAUUAAAAUCCCAACCCUAUUUCACUGGACUAUCUGUGAGCAAGCCUUAGCAAGGUGGAAUUUCUGUAAGUAGGCCAGUACAAAACUUACCACUAGAAAUGUGCAGCAGAAAUUUCUUGUUGAAUCUUUGUUUAAUGUCCUCAAGUGCAGAAACAGGCAUGCAUGAGGUAUAAGAACAGAAAGUGUAGGAUAAUAAACUGAGAAUGUAUUGUUCUACAAAUUCAAAUGUUAUAAAGAACUCCUUUUAAAGGGUGAAUCUCAAAACCUGUGAUCACACCUGAAUGUGAAAACCUAGUUUGCUCUAAAAGCUUAUGAAACCCAAAGAUCCAAUAUAGAAUGAAUGUUUGUGCCUACAGGAGAUAUUCUGACACAUCAUUAAUACUGCAUAUGUUUUCAUAAAUAUAUAAUAUACUGUAAUUACUGCAGUAUAUGUAACAUAGAAAAGCCUUUGAAUAGCCUUAUAAGUGUGAAAGGGGAUAUUUAACAUUCAUAAGGAGAAAAAUACUACAUGCUGUGCAUUUUCCAUUAUAUGCAACAUAAUUGUUCCUUGGGGGAUAUUUCAGAAGUACAGUAUAUCCAGUACAAUUUCCAUUCUGUCUGUAGGAAGAGAUUCAAUCAAUGGGAAGAGUAUCCAACCAACCUUUUAAGUCGGGUAACUUUACCUUCAUGUAACAGCAGGAUACAUGAACAAUACUGAUAUUAUUCUUUCAAGUAUUUCACCCUUUAAGCUGAUCUUGUUUACCUGUCAUGUUAGCACGUUCAGCACCCCCUGGUGGCAAAAUAUUGUAACAGUUUUAUGGUUUAUAUGUUUGAUUUUGGUAACAUUACUUAUUACACGUUGAAUGCCAACCAUAUGUAAAUAAAUAACCAAGGAGUCCCACUGCAUAGCAGUUUGAGCCAUUCCAGAAUUUCUGAAGUAUUAAUUGUAAGUUGGCUGUAAUAAAGGUGCGUGCUGUGUCUGAUUUAAGCCAUUUUAAAGGUGAAAUAGGAGUCUUAAAUAAGUUAACUAACAUUCAUCACUUAAGUGUUUGCAAAAAGUGUGGUAGAAUAAAUGUUUUUCCAUUUGUUGUAGGUAAACAAAUAUUAAUUUAUGGUUUUAGAAGCUUAAAUGUAGGAAUCGGUUGAUUUAAUAAAAGCAGCUCUGAGUGUGUAUUACUAACUUAUUCUGAGGGAGAGUGAUGUUUGCUUUACGUUGUCAAAAUAGAAAUAUGAGGUUCUUUGUGUUCUAAAUAAAU